AUGAUGAACUCGUCACAGGGCACCGUGGGCAGCGAUCCCGUCAUUCUCGCCACCGCUGGAUAUGACCACACGGUGCGGUUUUGGCAAGCCCAUAGCGGCAUCUGCACGAGGACCGUCCAGCACCAAGACUCUCAAGUGAAUUCUCUGGAAGUGACCCCAGACCGAAGCAUGAUCGCAGCUGCAGGAUAUCAGCACAUCCGUAUGUAUGACCUGAACUCCAACAACCCCAACCCUGUAAUCAACUAUGACGGCGUGAGCAAGAACAUCACCUCUGUUGGGUUCCAUGAGGAUGGGCGCUGGAUGUAUACAGGUGGAGAAGACUGUAUGGCCAGGAUAUGGGACCUGAGAUCACGAAAUCUUCAGUGUCAACGAAUCUUCCAAGUAAAUGCACCAAUCAAUUGUGUUUUUCUCCAUCCCAACCAGGCUGAGCUCAUCGUGGGCGACCAGAGCGGAGCAAUUCACAUAUGGGACCUGAAAACCGAUCAGAAUGAGCAGCUUAUUCCUGAGGCCGACGCGUCUGUCAAUUCCGUCCACAUAGACCCUGAUGCCAGUUACAUGGCCGCCGUCAAUAGCUCUGGAAAUUGCUUUGUCUGGAACCUGACAGGAGGCCUCGGCGAAGAUCUCACGCAGCUGAUCCCUAAGACGAAAAUCCCUUCACACAAACGCUGCGCUCUCCGCUGUAAAUUCAGCCCAGAUUCUACGCUGCUGGCCACGUGUUCAGCUGACCAGACCUGUAAGAUAUGGAGGACUUCAAACUUUUCUCUGAUGACAGAGCUGAGCAUUAAGAGCAAUAACCCAGGAGAGACGUCGCGGGGUUGGAUGUGGGACUGCGCCUUUUCUGGGGACUCUCAAUACAUUGUGACCGCUUCCUCUGACAACCUAGCCCGGCUGUGGUGUGUGGAGACCGGCGAGAUCAAGAGGGAGUACAGCGGGCACCAGAAAGCGGUGGUCUGCCUGGCUUUUAAUGACAGUGUCCUGGGGUGAACAGGACUGAGCUCUAGUAAUACAUAAGACUUUCAGAGAUUACACCAGACUAUGGACAAAAAAUUAUUACCCCCCCCCAGACCGUUUGAUGCUGCAGUUUAAAGCAUUGCCGUAAUCACAGGUAAAUAUACUAUACAAGUUUUAUCUGCAAAAAGCUCCUUAGUAAAUGAAUGGAGUCCUGUACUCAAAAGUAUUUUAAUACAUAAUCAAACAUAUAUAAGGUGGAGCAUACACUCAGGAAUCGGCGUCUGUUCAUCCCUAUGCUCAGUCUGGACAGUGGAAAGAGCAGAACUUGGGGGUCACACUGUGCAUCCAUAAACUUGUGUUAAAGACACAUCCGUCUGGCAUUCACUUCCAUAUUGUCGUCGAUCAUGUCGCCCCAGAAGGUGCACACAGCAGCGCCACCGAGAGGCAGUCCGUGAUUAUUCUCAGAAGGAGUACAGCACACUGCACAGUCCAGCUGUCACAAACGGUUAACAGGAAACUAUACAAACUCCUCCCACACUUUGUGCAAAAUCUGCUAGGGAGGGAAUGUCCAGGCCGCACUGGGAGCAGCCCGUGUGUAGAGCAUGGCUGGCCUAGUCAGGUAGGUAGUAGAAGCAGACGGACACGCAGAUGUUGUUGGGGAAGCAGAUGUCGAUGCAGAGGUAAAUGAGGCGUCUUGUCGGGCCUGCAGCGACCAGAGAAGAGCAUUUUAUGUACAACCUGCUGCGACGGAGGAGCUCACUUUAAGAUCUGUAGACUGCAGUAUGUCCAGAGUGAUCCUGAGCUAACAAUGGACAGCUUGCUCCAUAGGCAAGGUUAGAGCCCCAAAAGCAUUCCCCCAGGAGCCAACUGUACUUAUCAUGUGCUGAUUUUUGGACAAUGAUGUGGGACCCCUGGACGAAUGAUUGUGGGCUACAAUCUCUCUGUUAUUUAAAGUGAAAAGAGGUAAGCCCAGUAUCCUCUAUUGGACCCCCUACACUUCUGUAUGUCUAUUUCAUAUGGGAAAAGAGUCGCCCCUUU